CUCCGGUCAGAAAGGGUCGUGGGGUUGCCGCAAACGCUAAUCUCGAAAAAAAAAAGAGAGAAGCUGGUAAGCCCUUACCGGUGGAGGUAGAUCUUGAAACCGGCAAAGUUGUUGGCACUGAAGCAAGCAAUUAUGUUCGAUUUCUUGGCCAACAAGUGAGCAUGUUGUGCCCGGGUGGUCAUCUAAAUUUUUCCGAUGUACCCCAACAAUACAAGGAUCAAGUGCUCAAUCGAAUAAGAGUAAGUGAUUUUUAAUUAUUAAAGGUUGUAAUAAUUUUAUGUCCUCAUUUAUAAAUUAACAUAAUUUUAAAUUAUUUUAUUACAUAGUACUAUUUUGAUAUCGAUGGGAAUCCCCAUCGAGACCUACUUAUGGGGACUUUGUAUUCGGUGAUGGCGGAGCGGUAUAGUGAGCGAAAGACGCUCAGACACAAGCAUUUCAAACAACAUUACAAAAAACCAGAAGAUUGGGACACAGUUCUCAAAUUCCCCCCUGACUACUUGAAUACUGAGACUUGGAAACCAGUUUGCGAAUUGUUCGUUAGCGAGGCAUUUUUGAAUCGUUCAACUAAAAAUAAAUCGAAUCGCCAACUAAUGAAAUAUCCAACAACGCAAGGCACAAAAUCGUUGGCGUCCAUACGCCACGGAAUGGGGGGUCCUCCUGGAGAGCAUGUAGUUGAAGCAUGGAAGGAGAUCCAUGUGAAAAAACCGUCUGGAACUUUCGUUAAUGAAUUAGCUGCAAAAGAUUAUGAGGAACUGAUCAAGGAGCUUGAUAGGAAGCGACUGGAACGACAAUCCCAGAGCGAUACUGGGACUGAAUCUGAAUCUGAUACUGGUUAUCAGUUUGACGUUAUGGAAACAGUUCUAGGCCAAAGAUCUGACUAUCAAAGAGGCGUGGGUAAAAGGCUCAAGGGCAAAGGAAAGAAACCAAUCCCUCAAACUCAAUCAACGGUGCCUCCCCAACCAACUACUGAAAUGAUGAGCACUGUGGCAGAUAUAUUCUCAGCUAUGCGUGCCACUUGGGGGGGUAAUUUGACGCCUGAACAACGUGCCCAAAUAUUUAACCCACGCUUUGACAAUUUCGUUCAAACGUAUAGUCAGUCGCAGUUGCCUGGUGGUUCCUCUUCUCAGUGUCAUGCCGCUCCUUCGGAACAGCAACAACAACCUCCUUCGCAACCACAAUUUCAGCCUUCCUCGCAACAACAAUUCCAAAAUUUCGGCAGAGCAAUAGCGGCGGGACCCCGCCGCUAUUGCCCUGUGUCAGUCUCGAAACACGAAGUCUGA